GUUAAGUCCAGAACUCUAUCUAAAAAGACCCAUGCUGGAAGGCGAAAAGUGGAGGCUGGAUGAAAUUCUAAAGCGAAAAGCUGACGAGGGAGUGAAAGUCUUCAUCCUAGUAUACAAGGAGUUGGAGAUAGCACUAGGCAUAAAUAGCUACUACACGAAGCAGAUACUCACAGCCAAGAAUAGAGAGAACAUUAAAGUCCUCAGACAUCCGAAUGGCAUAAAGCUCUGGUCCCACCAUGAGAAGUGUGUGGUCAUCGAUCAGAAGCUGGAAGACGCAUUCAAAGCCUACUUGAACCGCUCGAGCGAUGCGAACGCACCAUCUGACACGCCGGUCGAACCCAUGUCGAAGAGGGCACAACUGAAGCAGCAUCUACGUCACUUUCGCUUGCACAGAUCCGCUUCCGACGCCGCCGACAAAGAUGCCAGCGAAUCAUUCCCGAAGAGAUGGAAGAAGGCGUUCUUCUUCGACAGACACAAGGAAGAAGCGGGCAGUGAUGAAGAGGAAGAGGAAGAAGAUGCCGCUGAUGGCUGGAGGAAAAAGCGGAAGAAGAAAGAGGGCGAGGACCACGACAGGGCGGAGAAGUAUGCCUGGAUUGGAGACAAGAUGAAGUUCCAUGCUGCUACUUCGGAUCGUGAUGGGGCAAGAGAUGACCCCAAGAACCGCCAAUCAUUGCCCACCCCGUCAAGUAAUGACGUCAGCCCAGGAUCAUCCGGACAGAACAGAGUUGUGUCGAGUGGGGGAGGAGCUAAGAGGAAGACCAGAAACCUG